CGGAGAUGACGCCAUAGAGAGCGAAGCAGGGACGCGUUCGCGUGUGAACACUUCUUUGGUUUUUCCAAGUCGGGACUCGAUUGCUCAGUAGACUCUUUCGUAUUUUUUUUUGUUGUACAUAGUAGGCGCUGAAGUGGAAAGAUAGGGGAGGAGGAGAAGGCGGGGGUUCACUGUAGAAGUAACGGAAGUGGGAAUUUAUGUUCAACGCUUGCUACGGUGUCCUGGCUUCGUACACGCGCUUCGAAAGCGCAAGGGUUACUUCGACUAGCACGUGGCCCACUCGAUUGGAUGUAAGCGCGUGAAAGAAUUUCAUUCGGUGAAGUGUCGCUCGUGUGAGUGUGUGUUUGUGUGUGGUGAAGAGGGGGGAUUAAAAUGUCGGGAAAAGUAACCGGAAACGAAGGAUAAGAAAAAAGUGUGAUAAUAGUCGUUACCACUGGGAAAAGCAAUCUCAAGUGGAGCAUUUUCGUAGCACAAAAAAAAAGAUAAAAAUAAGAAAAAGGUGCCAAAUUGUGAUAAAUGUGUGUUUGAUAUUAAAAAUUUAAAAAAAAAAUGGACGGUGCCACCGGAAAUGAGUCUGUAAUCGACCAGCAACUGCUGAUCAUGGUCAACGGAAGCAACAGCAUGGUUUACCUCACCGGAAGUUGCGAAAACUGCACGGUGAAUCUGACGUUCGCGGCGUCGCCUACUACGGUGCUAACCGCGACGAGCCCGUCAACGCUGACCUACCUGCUGGACGCGGGCCGGGUCCAGAUUCCGCUGUACAGUGUGCUCUUCCUGCUGGCCGUGAUCGGCAACUCGCUGGUCAUCCUGACCCUGGUGCAGAACAAACGGAUGCGCACCAUCACCAACCUAUUUCUGCUCAAUCUGGCUGUGUCGGACCUGUUCCUGGGCGUGUUCUGUAUGCCGUUCACCCUCGUUGGGACGCUGCUGCGGGACUUUGUCUUCGGGGAGGUCAUGUGCAAGCUGCUGCCGUAUCUGCAAGCCUCUUCAGUGGCAGUGUCAGCUUGGACGUUAGUUAUAAUCUCGGUGGAGCGGUACUACGCCAUCUGCCAUCCGUUGCGGUCCCGGCGGUGGCAAACCCUGAGCCACGCCUACCGGCUGAUCGGGCUCAUCUGGUGCGGCAGCUUGUUCUUCAUGCUGCCGAUCGCCGCCCUCAGCAAGCUCAUUCCCACCAAUCAGGGCCACCACAAAUGCCGCGAGCUGUGGUUCGACCGCGGCUACGAGCGGGCCUACAACUUGUUCCUGGACGUGAUCCUGCUGGUGCUGCCGUUGGCCAUCCUGGCCGUCACGUACUCACUCAUCACGAGGACCCUGUGCCGGGGGAUGCACGACUUCAAGCGGUACUCGAAAUCGCUGACCUCGUCGUCGAACGGCGAAGGUGGCGGCAUCGAAGGAGGCGCUGCUGGUUCAGGAGCGAUGGCGGCAUUCGGGCGCUCCUUCAGGCGGAACAACAAUAACAAUCGAGCAACCGACCAGUACAUGGAGGUGUACAUCCGGCCAAACGGCAGCACCAAAACCCGGUGCCCGUCGGCCUCACUCCGGUGCCACCGGGGCCACCCACCCUCGACGACGCCCCUGUGCACGGACACCGCGGCCGCGGCACUGGACACGGAGGGAAAUUCGACCAGCUCGCCAACGUCGCUAUCGCAGGAGGCCUGGAAUCAACAGCAGGCGGCACCAACCACAACAAGCUCGACGACGACCUCAUGGCCUGCUGCGUCGGCGGCAUCCUUUCGAAAUUAUUGCCCCUCGGCGGGCGCCGCGGUCACAGCAGGCGGCGGCGGCGGUGGUGGUGGGAAGGAAUCGCUACGGAUGAAAAAUCCUGCCCUUAGAAAGUCCAACAUGGAGAAGAGUCUGAUGAACAAGAAGCGCAUCAUCAAGAUGCUGUUCGUGGUCGUGUUGGAAUUCUUCCUGUGCUGGACACCGCUCUACGUCAUCAACACGAUGGCCCUGUUCUGGCCGAGCACCGUGUACCACAACCUGGGCUACACGGCCAUCAGUUUCUUCCAGCUGCUGGCGUACUCCUCGUCCUGCUGCAACCCCAUCACGUACUGCUUCAUGAGCGGUGGCUUCCGGAAGGCCUUCCUGAACCUGUUUCGGUGCUUCCGGCCGGGCUCGGGGGGUGGCCGCAACCGCCGUAACAGCGCCAUGUGCGGCAUGAUGUACGUCAGCGGUGGAGGCGGAAGUUCCACCCGGCAUCACAAUCGGCGGGCCGUCACCAAUGGCAGCAGCAGCAGCAGUCACAACAAAAACAACCAAACCGUCACCAUGGAUACCGUGCUUAGCAACGACGGCGUGGUGAGUCUGCAGCAGCGAAACCGACAGCAGCAGCAGCGUCAAUCGCAGUUGGCGGUGGACCACAGCAACUGAUGACACAGCCGGAAGGCGCUUUCUCAAUGUGAUAAAUUGCAUUUGUUUUAGAAGUUAAGUUUUGAUAAUGUUGUGCUAUUUUCAUUACCCAUAAUUUAAUGUAAAAUAAA